GAGAGAGAAAUGGAGAAAGGGGUUGCUGAAAUUUCUUCCAAUUUCCAAUUUUGUUUGUAUUCUUCCAAAGAACACAGCCAUCUGACCAAAACCCAGAAGACCCUUCUCACAGAACCAUAACAAGAACCUCACUCUCUGAAAUUCAUCCAACUCCCAAUUUCAACUUCCCCCUUUUCGAUUUUCCCAAUUUCGAGUUCAUUCUCUCUCAAAUUCCACUCUCCAAAACCAACCAUGGCCGAUUCGCCGUGAAGACGAAUUCAGAAUUCAAACCCUGCCCCCAAUAAUGUCCUCCGAAGACAUGAAUGGGCUCAGCUCCCAGCUCGUCUUCUCCGACGAAGCCAUGCCCUUCAAUUGCGCCAACACGCCGCAGCGCCGAGUCGGCGACCCGGGUCCCAAAACCCGCGAGCUCUGCGGUUUCAUGGACGACAAGCUCUUCCCUGUGGACCGCGACCGGUUCUUCGCGCACCAGGGCGCGGAUUUCCGCCGUAGUGUGUUCAGUGACAGCCGGAAUUGGAAUGGGAAUGGGAGUGCGAGAAGUGGGAGUGGGAAAGGAUCGGAGGAGGAAGACGAUGAUGAUGAUGAUGAUGAUGAAGAAAAUGAGGUUGAUGAUGGUGAUGAUGAUGUUGAGGGACUCGUAUCUAUGGAUGAUGUCAAUAAGUGCAAUAAAAUGGCCAACCCCAACAGCAGCAACAGUGAUAGAAACGAUCAGAGUAGUGGCGGCUUAAAAAAUGGGACGAACAAAUUGGGAAAUGGGAAGCCUAAGCACCAUUCUUCUUUUGGUGGAACCCUGUUGGUCAAGGAUGGAAUGGUUGGCCCUUCAGCCAGUAACGCAGGAGCAACGCAGAGUGAGAAUCAUCCUCAGGCAAGGUUGGGGAAUUACCCUAAUGCGGUUACAAUUGCAGAACCUGAUGGUGAUGCUUAUUAUUCCCAAUAUUUGCAAGGCACUGAGGGGUCUGCUUCUGGCCAGAAGGAUUUGGGUAUGGAAAAUGGAUGUGGGUUUAAUGGGAGAAGGGAUGCUUCAAUUUCGAGCGAGCCCGGAGAGUCUCUGAGAACAAUUCUCGCAGACCCUGUGACGGGUGCUCUUAUGGAUGAUGCAAUGAUAUUACCGUGUGGGCAUUCCUUUGGUAGUGGUGGAAUACAACAUGUUCUUAGAGUAAAAUCUUGUUACUCGUGUUCUCAGUCGGUUUCUGAAGACUCUAUUGCUCAGAACUUAUCUCUUCAAGCUGCAGUGCAAGCAUUCCGCAGGGAAGAAGAAAUACUGUUUUACCGCUCACCAAAAAGGAGAAGGGAGAGGUUUGAGCAGGACAAGGGUGGUUAUGGUGAUUUGACUCUCAUGGAUACUCCAAGGGGUCGAGGUGUUCAGUUUCCUUUUGUCGUGACAGAUCGGGUAAUUAUCAAGGGGAACAAGAGGACACCACAGCGUUUUGUGGGACGUGAGGCUGUUGUUACAACACAGUGCUUGAAUGGAUGGUAUGUGGUGAAAACACUAGACAAUGCAGAGAGUGUAAAGUUGCAGUACCGCUCGCUUGCAAAGGUUCCAAACGAUGCAGCAUCAAAACCGAUACCAAGGAAGAUCGCGCCGAAUUGGCUCUAGCCUUGCAAUAUAGAUUAUAGGAACCCGAGUUCAAGAUGCAUUACGAGCCUAGUUUUUCGAGGCUCACUAUGUUGUAUUUAUAACACACAAAAGAGAGAGUAAUAUGUAGGUGUUGUUUUGUUGUAAAUAUGUGUUAAAAGAAGACAAUUUUUCCAUAGUUGGGUUUGAAGAGAGGUAGAAGAAUGAGUUUUGAGAUAGAAAUGCUUGAGGUUUUCUUUUAUCAAGUGAUUAGGAUUGUAUUUAAGUAAAAGAGCUCACCUAAAUUUUGAAACUUAUUGGUAAUGGAAUUUUGGUAGUGUGUGGUUUGGAGGCU